GUGUGGACGGCGGUAGCGGUUUCUGAUUCCGGCGACUCCGAGAACCUCGAGGAGUUGAAGUAUGAUCCAGCCGACGACCGCUACCCCCGCGGGCUAGAAGGGAAGAAACUCCUCUGGGGCGCCUCGAACGCUGGCCCGCUGCGCCAUGGGCUUGAGAGUGGCCGCACGCGGAAGCAGACCCGGGAGAUGCAAGGUGCCGGGGAGAUGCCGGGGCCCGGAGAAACAUCGUACCCGGAAGAGGCACUGCUGGCGACCAUCCUGGAAACUGGCGGGACGGGGAUUGUUGAGGACUACAUGUGCAACUCGCUUGUGAAGGAGCAGUGGGACGAGGAGCAGACACGCCGUAUGGAGGAGAUGUACAGGCGCAAGAUGCAGGAGGAGGUGUUGGGCCCGGAACAUCAGGUGUUCGGGGCCGAGGUCGACGCCAGCUGGUCUUCACAACCACUCCCAGACCCACAGCUAAGUAUGACCUCGCCAAUCAGGCAGCAGCCGAGUGAUGUGGAAGCAGUACCGAUGACGUACAAGGAUAUGAUGUGUUCCAAGUACAAGUUUUUGUGGGAGGCGGCCAUGAAGAAAGAGAUAGAUGGCCACGACAAGACUGGAACCUUUACCAAGGUCAAGGAGCUGCCCGAGGGGCGGAAGGCCAUAGGUUCAAAGUGGGUGUUCGCUUUGAAGACGAAUAAGGAGGGCCUGAUAGUCGACUUCAAGGCCCGUAUGGUUGCGCGGGGUUUCUCUCAAAUCCCCGGCAUCGACUUCCACCACUCAUCCUCAGCGUGCCCGUCUGCAGCGUCUAUCAAGACGGUGAUUGCCGUAGCCACUGAAAAGGGCAAGAAACUCGCUCACUGGGAUGAGAAGCAAGCGUACAUCCACGCUAAGCUACAACAACAAAUAUACCUCAGGUUCCCGGAAGGCGCUGUGGCAGCAUGUCCGGCAAGGUGGUCAAGGUUGAGCGUGCCCUGUAUGGCCUAAAGCAGAGUGGCCGUGAGUGGGGGUUUGAAGCUGCCGAUGCCCUCAUCGAGAAUAGAAACGAGCAGUGCAGGGUUGACCCGUGUGUCUUCCGGAAGGUGGUGGAUGGAGAGGUCGUAGGUCUCAUCGUGAUCUACGUUGAUAACAUC